UGUGUGUGUGUGUGUGUGUGUGUGUGUGUGUGUGUGUGUGUGUGUGUGAGAGAGAGAAUACCUGCAGUUAGCUGCCAUAUAUCAGUGUUAGCCAGGCCGAACUGUUCUACUGUAACACGAACACUAUGAGAGCUAACAGAGCUUUAAUGACGUCAGCAGAUCUCUGUAGAGGGUUAAACAUCAACGUGCAUGUCCACAGUUAGCCGUCAGAGCUAACAGAGCUAACAGAAGUAUCCGGGUAAAGUCUCUCUCUUACCGGGUAAACACGGUCCCGAACCUCUCCAGCCUGCUGCCCGCCAUCACGCUGCUGUGACACAAACUGUGAAGGUUAUAAACUGAGAUUAAUCUGUGUUUAAACGUCCAUGUGAGCUAACCAGAGCUGCUAGCAUAGCGUGCUAAGGCAGUCAGUCACUGACGUCUUCUUCUUCUACGGAUGAAUUACCGGCAGAUUGAGCUGAUGAGCGCCGCCUUCCACGCACGCACGCACGCACGCACACACGCAGGACUCUGUGCAGACCCUCAGACUCUCAAGACCCUCUGCAGUGAUUCCUUCACAAACUUUUCUCAGCAUGGACCUGCUCCUGGACUCUGGAUAACCACCUCACUCAGAGCGCUUUGACCCGACUCCUCCAUGAAAAACAAGGAGUCCUCCACCAUGUCUGUGACCGCCCUCUUCAGGGGCAAGUGGGGGCAGAAGGCCCAGGACAGCCCGGGGAAGCCUCCCGCUGCGGUGAUUCAGCCGGGUCACAUGGACGAUGAAGAUGAAGACGAGUCCUCAGUUGGAUUCAGCAGAGAGCCCAAACUCAGGAACUCCCGCUUCUACCGCUCCAUGAGGAAGAAGAAACAGGCGGCAGCAGAGCAGUCUGAAAACUCAGGCCGACCCGGUUCAGACCACAGUCCUUCAAGCAGAGGCAGACUCGUCCCCUCGAACACUCACUCCCCUCAGAAGUCGCCCUUGUUGCCUGGGGCGAGACGCCCUCAGCCUUCACCACAGCUCCAUCACUCCAGAGCACCGUUGCCAAGCAAUAGGGAGGCCAGCAGCCAACAGGCUCGGUACAAAAGAGACGCAGCAGAGAGGACGGGAGGAGGAGUGGGAGGAGGGAGGAGUGUGGACAUCUCUGCUGCCUCCUCCAACAGCCAGCACAGAGAUCUCAGCGCCGAUACAUUCACUUACCGGACUCACAACAUCCGGAGCGGAGACAUCAGGCAGCUGUCCGAGCACACAGCCGCAGCCUGCAGCGUCCAGGAGGUCAGAGGGUACACCAUGAGCUCUCAGCGGGCGGGUUCAGACGGAGCGGACCGGGAGAACGCCAACCUCAGGAUGCUGAGCAACGGAGAGACCAUCUGCCACGGCCUCAACAUCGUCAAGAACAUCGCCUUCCUGUACCAGGAGUACCGGGACACCUCCAAGCAGCAGGAGAUUGAGCAGCGACGGCAGCGGGAGAACCUCUCUCCGGGGGUCUCACCGACAGAGGAGGAGGGGUCCGGUGUGGUGUCUGCCCCGGUGUUACAGCUGCAGCUGAGGAACAGCGCUCGCUCUCUGACGCUGUGGCAGAACCUGGACGUGGUUCAGGCCAGUGGACUGCUUAACCAGCUGCCGCAGAAAGAAGUCAUCAUGCAGGAGGCCAUGUUCGAGCUGGUCACCUCAGAGGCGUCCUACUACAAGAGCUUGGAGAUUUUAGAGACUCACUUUCUUCGUAACCCGGCUCUGAUCAACACUCUCAGCCAGUCCGACAUGCACUUCCUGUUCUCCAACAUCGAGGAGGUGAUGAAGGCCAGUGAACGGUUCCUGAUGGACCUUGAGCACCGAAUCGAGAAGUCCAUUUUGAUUUCGGAUGUGUGCGACAUUGUUUCACACCACACUGUAGAGCACUUCCACGUCUUCAUUAAAUACGUCAUCAACCAGGUGUACCAGGAGAAGAACUACAGACGCAUCCUAGAGGGGAACCAGGCGUUCAGGGAGGCCAUGGCCGUUCUGGAGAACCAUUCUCGAGUCCGGGGUCUGUCCUUCACCUCGUUCCUCAUCCUUCCUUUCCAGAGGAUCACCAGGCUGAAGCUGCUCAUUCAGAAUAUCCUGAAAAAGGCAGAGGAGAACUCGGAGAGAGAAGCUAAUGCUAUAAAAGCCCAUCAGCAGCUGGAGCAGAUUGUAAAGGAGUGUAAUGAAGGGGUGAGAAAAAUGAGUCGCACCGAGGAGCUGAUCAGCAUCGAGAAGACCCUGGAGUUUAAAUCCAAGUCUGUGCCCAUCAUCUCUCACUCUCGCUGGCUGCUGAAGAAGGGUGAGGUGCAGCUGAUGGCCGGACCCAAGAGCACCAGGACCAUGCGGAGCCGCAAGCUGUACCAACCUGUGUUCUUAUUCCUCUUUAACAACCUGCUGCUGGUCACCAAGCGCAGCUCAAGCGGGGACAAGUUCCAGGUUCUGGACUCGUGCACUCGGGCCAUGUUGAGGACUGAGGACCUGGAGGACCAGGGUCAGAUGCUGGCCAACGUCUUUAAUCUGAAGCUGCUGGAGAACCAGGAGGAGCGUCAGGUCAGCUACAUGCUGAAGACCAGCAGCAUGAGUGACAAGCUUCGAUGGGUGUGUGCUCUCACUCCAAACCGACGCACACGCUUCAUGUCAACCAGUGCACACCAACCAGACUCUCCUCAGGUGCAGUGCAUUCAGUCAUACUCGUCACAGGAGCCAGAUGAACUCUCCAUCGAGAUGGCCGAUGUUUUGAACCUUCUGGAGAGAACAGACGAUGGUUGGAUGAUGGGUGAAAGGCUCCAUGACGGCGAGAGGGGCUGGUUCCCAAGUCGAGUAGUGGAGGAGAUCCAUAGCAAAGAGGUUCGAGCUCAGAACCUGAGAGAGGCCUUCAGGAUCCAGCUGGCCCAAGAAGGUGGGGGAGGUUCGCAAACUGGAACCAGGAUCGGCUUAAGAGCUGGGCGACGCACGCCCAAAGUCUCCAGCCUCUCCAACACUUGGAUCGAUCAGAUGGGGGAGAGCAGCGAAGCGAAGCAGUAACUGUGGGGAAUGUGAACAUUCAACACCAUGUGCACUAAGAGAAAGAUAAUCAGGAAACAUGUGACUUUGUUCUCAAACUAUGACACUUUGAUUUAUGCUUAGUGGUGGGUGGUUUCUUAGAAAUCCCCAGUCUCAGCGAUCUGGGAGGCGUGAUCAAAGAGCUUGAGUUGAUAACCUUGUACAAGCAAUGCUGCAUGUCUCAUAAACGUGUGUGAUGCAUGGAGGACAGCUCGUGUGUGGUUAAGAGCUGUGCGGGGGAUGGUAGGAACCUGGAACCUUCUUGCAGAGGUUCUCUGGACAUCCCUCAGCUGCAUGGGCAAGUUUAAAACUUUAAAUAUUUUCAUUUCAUCGUGAAACACCUUGACACAGAGUUAUAACCUGCAAACAGUUCAGUGUCUCACCAAAUAUAAAUAUAUGGAGUGCUGUAUGAAGACCAGCAUUUAUCAUUUAAAGGUCUGUGUCUAUAAAUAUUAAGAUCAGAGCGUCAGCUAAAGUCCUCCAGAGUGAAUCUUAUGAGUGUAGAAAGACUCAGUGACGGAGAGCAGAGGCGGCGCUCAGCUCGGCUUCACGCUGUUUUCACAGCGUCUAAUAAUCAGUCCUAGUUAAACACAUAAUUUAUGAUUAUUAUCAUUAAUCUUCACUUCAGGACGUUCCAAAGAGCGUCCUCAGACGGGCACACACACUGUGUUUCUGACACUUUGUACGAUAUCUCUCAAUCAGAGAUCGCUGCAUCAGAAAGGACUAACAUCUGAUGAAGUGAAAGGACACAGUUUGAUGUCAGCUGCUGUGAAACAACAGAGCCUGUGUCAGAUUAGAUGUUUACAGACCUGUGUGCAAAGGAAGCACGUUACAUUUAUUCCAGAGAGGAAUGUGACAUCACAACUCCUGGAAACACCUGCUGACGAUAUUCAUGACAUCAGUUAUCACAAACAUUUAGAUAAGGUCUGAAUAAUCUUGUUUAGGGUUUGUUGGGCCUGUCUAGUCUUCUGGUGCUUCACACUGCAUGUCAACAAGUAGUGACACACGUAAACUGGGAUUCAGUCUCAUGUGAGGGGACACUUUGUUGUUGACAUGCAGAGGAUCAGACUGCAGAUCAUCGAUCAAUCAGCGGGCAGCCCAACCUGCGUCCUGAGCACAGUCCCUUUAGUGGAUAGCUGCAGUGUUUCAUGACUAAAAACAUUCAAUAUUUAGAUCUCCCGUACUAUGCUGGCAUGACCACAAACACAGAAUGUAACUGAGUGACUCUGAGCAAAGCCAGUCGGUGCAGUCUCCCCAUGUCCCGGUGAGAGAAGCCUUUAGUUUGAUUAAACUGUGAAGUGGAGCCCAAACUGAGCGCAGCCUCUCCUCUCUGUCACAGAAAACUCUGAACCAGCAGCCAUCACCAAACCUACAGUGGAUAACACUCUGCACACACACACACACACACACACACACACACACACACGCACGCACACACACACACACACACACACACACACACACACACACACACACACACACACACACACACACACACACAAGCUUUGUGCCAAAUGUCAAGUGUAAAUUUCACAGGAAUACAAACACACACAGAAAUAAUAUAUCUCAAUAAAAAACAAUUGAAUGCCAAAUAAUUGCAGUAUGUUGUAACUGUAUAGACUGUACUGUGUCACCUCUAUGAACAACUCUGGAUCAGCAUGAUUGUAAACCUGUGUGUCUUUGAAUACAGUGUACAGUAUUGCAAACAUCUGAUGUUAUAAUUCUGAAAUAAUUGUUUUCAUUUUGUAAACUGUAAAUUAUUGUUCAUAAAAAAGCAUUAAUCACA